AAUUCCCACCAAAAACAAACCGCCAAAAAGAGUUGGGCAAUAAAUCAAACAGUUCUACAGAUCUACACUUUAUUGCGUCUCUGGGAAAAUUUAGCAGAAAAUCAGUUUUGAAAUAAGGAAAAUGGCAGGAAAAGGAGGGAAAGGGCUAGUAGCGGGGAAGACAACAGCUGCAGCGGCUGCCAACAAGGAGAAAGACAAGAAAAAACCAAUUUCUCGUUCAUCUCGUGCGGGUCUGCAGUUUCCAGUGGGAAGAAUUCACCGUCAGCUCAAGACCAGAACCUCUGCCCAUGGCAGGGUUGGAGCAACAGCAGCUGUUUACUCUGCUGCAAUUCUGGAGUACCUGACCGCAGAGGUUCUUGAAUUAGCUGGUAAUGCAAGCAAGGAUCUUAAAGUGAAGAGAAUCACUCCCAGGCACUUGCAACUGGCCAUUCGUGGAGAUGAGGAACUUGACACCCUUAUCAAAGGUACUAUUGCUGGUGGCGGUGUCAUCCCUCACAUUCACAAGUCCCUCAUAAACAAAACCACCAAGGAGUGAAAUUCUCCUGUGUUAUCUUAGAUGUAAUUUGACUAAUGACAUUGCCUGUGCUUAUGUUUUUUCCUCUUUAUCUGGGUUAGCUAAUGACAGGGCACUGUUGGUUGUGUUUGAUUAGAAUAAUUAUCUGAUGUAAUGAACUUCUGAACAUAUUAGUUUGAUGUUUUCAUAUUGUUGGUAUGUGGCUUGUUGAUGCAUGUAUGACACUGUUUAUCAUGACACUAUCAGUUUCCAA